AUGGCAAAAUCUAUACCAAAAAUUGGUUCACGUAAAACUGGACGUAUUGGUUCGCGUAAGCAUCCUCGUAAAAUACCAAAGGGGGUUAUUUAUAUUCAAGCUAGUUUCAACAAUACCAUUGUGACUGUUACAGAUGUAAGAGGUCGGGUGAUUUCUUGGUCCUCCGCCGGUUCAUGUGGAUUCAAGGGUACACGAAGGGGGACACCAUUUGCCGCUCUAACCGCAGCGGGAAAUUCUAUUCAAACAGUAGUCGAUCAAGGCAUGCAACGAGCAGACGUCAUGAUAAAAGGUCCCGGUCUAGGAAGAGAGGCGGCAUUAAGAGCUAUUUCUGGAAGUCGGAUACGAGUAAGGGUUAUACGGGAUGUAACCCCUAUGUCACAUAAUGGAUGUAGGGCUCCUAAAAAAAGACGUGUGUAA